CAAAUGCAUAUGAGAGAAAUCUCGGAGCAGAGAAGACGACGAAGACGAUACGAUGGCGCCAACACCAGCGAUCCGCUGGUUCGCAGUCGUAUCUGUUUUCAUGAUUUACCUCCUGAUCCAACCGUCGAUGUCCAUAUACUGCGAUGAGGACGACUGUUACGAUCUCCUAGGGGUUUCACAGAGUGCCAAUGCUUCCGAAAUCAAGAAAUCAUACUAUAAACUCUCAUUAAAAUAUCACCCGGAUAAAAACCCCGAUCCAGAAUCGCGGAAGUUGUUUGUGAAAGUUGCAAAUGCUUAUGAGAUUUUGAAAGAUGAAGCUACAAGGGAGCAGUAUGAUUAUGCAAUUGCGCAUCCAGAGGAGGUAUUUUACAAUACAGCUCGCUACUACCAGGCAUACUAUGGUCACAAAACAGAUCCUCGUGCUGUCUUAGUGGGUCUUCUUUUGGUUCUUUCAGCAUUUCAGUAUCUAAAUCAGUGGACAAGGUAUAAUCAGGCUGUAGACAUGGUCAAGAAGACACCAGCUUACAAAAAUAGACUACGGGCUUUGGAACUUGAACGUAGUGGGGGGUUGACAAACAAGAAGAAGAGUCACAAGCAGAUAGAUACAAAGAUGAAGGAAGAGAUCAGCAAUGAACUUGAACUGCAGAUAAAGGGUGCUGAAAAACCAUCUCUGUGGGAACUUAUGGGUGUCCGUUUCAUACUCCUACCUUACACCAUUACAAAGCUACUGUUGUGGUAUGGAUGUUGGCUUUGGAGGUACCAGGUGAAACAAGCUCCUUAUUCUUGGGAAGAUGCCUCGUUCUUAACACGAAGAGCCCUAGGGGCGCCUAUGGAUUCAUGGAGUUAUAUUGAUGAAUCAACCAAGGAAGAUCUUAUUCAAAGACGUUUAUGGGAGAAAUCCAACAUGGGGAACUACCUUGUGGAGAUGCGGAAAGAAUCAAAGCGCAGAAGGUAGUAGAUUCGACCUAGAGAGCUACUCAAUGGGGGGUUUGCAGAAAGAAUCGAAGUGCAGAAGAUGGCAGAUUUUGUUGCCCUGGUAUCUCUUUCGCUUUGAUAUAUAUUAUUUUUUAUAGCAGUCAUCUAAUUUGUAAAUGUGAAGCAAACUUGUACUUCUAUAGCUUAAGCGUUGCCAGUCCGAAUUAGUUGAAUCACUAACAGAGUUGUAGAAAUUAAUAUUAUCCAAUUGUUGAGGGAACCCUAAUUUGAAAGGUUUUGUGGAUGUCGUAUGAUUGGCGUCAUAAAUGUAAUUUGAUACAUUUUAUACCAAAAACCACUACUUAAGGAA